GUCAGGCUGGCUGAGGGUGCUGGGAGUGCAUUCCAUGUGACCCCAGACAGAGUGAACAUUGCACAGGACUCCAGGGGGAUGCAGUCUCCGUCAGUACACAUCCCUCUUCCUAUUGGCUGUCUGGGAAGGCUGUGCCCAGUGCGCUGCGCUGAUUGGCUGCACACGGUUCCUUUAAAGUUCUGUAAAUAGAACCCUCAGCGUGUUCCUGAUCCGGAGUGUUCGCUGCCCGUGGGAUUGGGUGCACUGCGUGGGUCACCUCUACCUACCGCAAGCAGGACCAAGGUAGGUCCCAACCUGGCAGCCAUCCUGGGCUUCAAAGGGACAGCCUUCUGGAGCGAUAUCUGACCCAGAUCUGAUCAGCACCGGGUGAAGGCCUGCUGUGAGGGCCACAGAUUGCACAGAGAUCUGUCUGUAAAAAACAUGAGCAAAGAUUAGAGAUCUGUCUGUAAAAAACAUGAGCAAAGAUUAGAGAUCUGUCUGUAAAAAACAUGAGCAAAGAUUAGAGAUCUGUCUGUAAAAACCAUGAGCAAAUAUUAGAGAUCUCUCUGUAAAAACCAUGAGCAAAGAUUAGAGAUCUGUCUGUAAAAACCAUGAGCAAAUAUUAGAGAUCUCUCUGUAAAAACCAUGAGCAAAUAUUAGAGAUCUGUCUGUAAAAAACAUGAGCAAAUAUUAGAGAUCUGUCUGUAAAAAACAUGAGCAAAGAUUAGAGAUCUGUCUGUAAAAACCAUGAGCAAAGAUUAGAGAUCUGUCUGUAAAAACCAUGAGCAAAUAUUAGAGAUCUCUCUGUAAAAACCAUGAGCAAAUAUUAGAGAUCUCUCUGUAAAAACCAUGAGCAAAUAUUAGAGAUCUGUCUGUAAAAAACAUGAGCAAAGAUUAGAGAUCUGUCUGUAAAAAGAAUGACCAAAGAUUAGCAAUCUGUAGGGAUCUGUCCAAAGAUUAGCAAUCUGUAGGGAUCUGUCCAAAGAUUAGUGAUCUAUCUAUAAAGGUCAUGACCAAAGAUUAUUAUAGAAUAGAUAAUAAUUGACAGUGAGCUGUCAUUAAAGUGCAUGCUUUAAGAUUAGUUACUAUUUUACAGUGAGCUGUCAUUAAAGUGCAUGCUUUAAGAUUAGUUACUAUUUUACAGUGAGAUGUCAUUAAAGUGCAUGCUUUAAGAUUAGUUACUAUUUUACAGUGAGCUGUCAAUCAUUAAACUGCAUGUUCAGAGAUUAGAUAGCAGGUUUUAGUGAUCUGUCUCUAAAUUUCAGCAAUCACUUUUUAAAUGACACAAUGCAUCGCCUUCCUGAACCUUACAGGAAAGUGCAGCACUGAUCCCAAUGUUGUUCUUUGUCUGGCUGUGCUGAGGGUAACCCUGAGCAUGGAGUGAUCGCCUGCAGGCUGUCCUGGCCAUGUGUCGCUGCUGCUCCUCCUGCCUUCCCCUGCAAUCAGUCACUGCCAUGCAUUCAUUGGAUUUCACUUACUAACUAGGAAUACGUUUUGUGGAGCGUUAGGGCAAAAUAAAUUGGGAAAAGGCAGGAAUUUGAUAAGAAAUUGUAUAUUGUUUAGGUUCUCCUUUUAAUGUAGUAAUGUGUUUUGGAGCAGUUUGUAGCUGCCACAGUAUUACUCCGAGAACUCUGAACUGCACGCACCUAACUGGAAUAAUGACCUUUUAUCAAACAUCUAACUGCAUCUGGAUUAACUCUCACAGGGUUUAUUUUCCUGCCUCUUACCUAUGAAUUGAAAUAAUGGAAAAUAUUUGCCACUAGGAAUCUAUACAGCCAAAGCUCAAUUUGCUUGAGAUCCAAGGAAUUUAGAGGCCAAGGCAAAACCUUGCGCUCUGUCAUGUUACUCAAACCAUUCCUGAACAAUUUUUGAGGUGUGGCAGUGUGCAUUAUCUUGCUGAAAGAGGCCACUUCCAUCCGGGAACACCAUUGCAUGAAGAGGUGUACGUGGUCUCAGGGCUGUCUUUAACAUUGAUUAGGCCUUAGGCAAGCAUUUGCUUGGGCCACUUGGAUCCUGUCCUCACACUUCCACCCCCUAGCAUGUAAUUAUGCCCCCCAACACAACUCAGUGGCAGAACUAAUAUAGAGAGGACCCUGUUGCAAGACUUUUUUUGGGCCUCCCCUCUAGAGCAAGAGUGGAGAAAAGAUGGAUCUGUCAUACAAUUCCCACAAUGCUAUGCCAGCUGGGCAUCUACCAUUUGGCCAAUCUUGCAGGGCUGUAUUUGUGAGCAGUGUUUGUGCAAUUUAAUGUGAGCAUGUUUUUAUAUAGAGUAUGUGUGUGCAUGUAGGGUGUAGUAUUGGUGUUUGAGUAAAGGGGUGAGUUUGUAUAUGCUUUCUGAGUUUGAAUCAAUGGGUGUGUUUGCAUAUUGUGUUUGAUUGUUGGGAUGUAUGCACAUACAUUCACAGAUAUACAUACACAUUUACACGCAAUCCCUGCGGCAAGCGCUAUGUGCCUCCCUCCGUGGGCAGGUGAGGGAUAUCAAAGAUCUUCCUCACCGACCCACAGGCAGGAAAGGAGGCAGGAGAGGACCCGGGGAGCUCUUGUCAGCAGCUCCGCCAGGUUCAUCUCGCACGGUCAGAGCGUACCGCGGCAAAGCUCAGAUCGAAGCACUCUUAAAGGGACAGGGGGCCCUGAUUACUUCACCUGCCGCAGCCCAUUGGGAGAUUUCCAGUCCUGGUUGCAGCUGCUUUGGGCCCCCCAGGGUAACAGGGUAACAGGGCUCGGGGCACAAUUUCCUGCAAGACUGCAACAAUCGCUAGGUAGGUGGUACAUGUCAAAGUAACAUCCACAUGAAUGCCAGGACCCAAGGUUUCCCAGCUGAACAUUGCCGAGAGCAUAACACUGCCUCUACUGGCUUGCCUUCUUCCCGUAGUGCAUGCUGCUGCCAUUUUUUCCCCAGGUAAAUAAUGGACACACAUCUGAUCAUCUACCUGAUUUAAAAUAAAACCUGAUGCAUUAGACCAGGCAACCUUCUUCCAUUGCUCCAUGGACCAGUUCUAAUACAUCCCUAGGGAAGGCACUUUCGGCAGUGGAGAGGGGUCAUCAUAGGCAUUCUGUCCAGUCGGUGGCCCCAUAAGGAGCAAUGUACAAUGCACUGUGGGUUUCUAUCAUGGCCAGCAUUACGUUUUUUAACAAUUUCAGCCACAGUAGCUGUUCUUUGUGAUCCAACCAAACCGGUUGGCCUUUACUCUGCAAGUGCAUCAGUGAGCCUUAGAUGCCCCUGAUCCCGAUGCUGGUUCACUGUUAGUCCUUACACCAAUUUUGGUGAAUACUAACCCGCAUAUUGGGAACACCUAACAAGACUUGUUGUUUUGGUGAUGCUCUGAACCAGUUGUCUAGCCAUCACUAUAUAGCCCUUGUCAAAAUCACUAGAUGUUCUGGAUCUUUGACAGAACCAGGGAUUUUUUUUGUUAUUGAACGUACAAUGAGAGAAAAGUAUCCUUUCAUUUAGAGAGUGUUGACUGUAGUUUCAUGGUGAUGGUUACCGUGUACAUGUGUGUCUGUUAGAUGAAAUCUAGACAUCCAAUGGACACCAAUUUUACUGUAUGUUCAUACAUGUGGUAUAUAGUCAUGGAGUCGAGCAGAUGGAUCAUGUGUCUGUUAAUGAAAGGACGCUCUUAUUGGUAAAGUUGUAUUUCUGAAACUGUGACUGUACUGUUCACAGAAAUUGUGUAAUAAUUAUUGGUAAUGUAAUAAAGAAUUAUGGAAAAUUGAUAAGGGGGUUUUAAAUGUUAUGUUCAAAUAGCAUAGUUGGCAGCUAAAGUUGUACUUUUUUGUUAUUUCAGUGGCCUUUUGGCUUUCUCCAUUUUGAUAUUUAUGAGAAACUUAUAAAAGUUCUUUUGAAUUACCAGAAAUAUGCUGAUCUCUUAUAAAUCACCCAUCAAGGUGUGUUAUAAUCUUUUCAUCUGAUGUUCCAUUUUAUUUUAAAUGAAUAUUAAUGAUUUAGCAAUUAACGUCACAAUCCAGUCAAGUCCAGGCACAACCAGGGCACAUUUUGAAAUGAGAGAAAUGGAAACACUCCUGUUUCUCCACGUCCAUAUUCUGGAUUUAAUCACAGAAAAUAAGUUUUAUGGCAUUGGUUGAUGACAUGAAGGCACACCAGUCAUUCCCAGGAAAGAGCAACAUUCAACAGUUUGGAUAUUUUAUUUAUUUAGUUUCUCAUCUAACAAACAAUGUUAUUUUGUGUGUUUGAACAACGUUGUCAGAUAUUGGUGGCAAAACAGUUGCUUCAUGUCUAGACAUGUUGGGAAAACGAAAAUAAUUUCUUCUCAAAAAAGUCUGCACUCAUAUGAAUUGAAGAUGGGGUUUAAAUUGACAUUAUUUAAACCCCUAUGAAAUUGACAUAUGACACAAGAAAGGGAAUAAUUGCAUUUGCACUUUUUCAAUAAGUUAAUUUUGGCUUUGGUUACAAAUCUAGCAAUGCAUUUUGCCCAUUGUGCAAAGAUGCAAAAAAAAGCAUGUUCUCAACUUCUCUUGUAAGGCUGUUAAUAGAAUUUUGCAUAUGUGUGUGUAUACAUUUUUUUUUUUUUUUAAUUCAAAAUGUUGGUUCUUGCACAUACAUACACACAUCUCACUACAGAAAGCUCACAAUGACGUACACAACAAGUUCACUACACACAAGCAUACUGAUACACACAAGAUCACAGCUCAAUGUCAUUACACACAAGCUCACUGACACAUUCACAAGCUCACUCACAGAUGCAUACGUUCACCACUGAAAAAUCAAUACACACAGCUUACAACAGAAAGCUCACUCACAGACAUUUAAGCUCACUAUAGAAAAAAUACUACACACUGCUCACUACAGAUAGAUCAUUGACAUAUCCAAGCUCACUACAAACAUCUAACUACACUCAAACUCACACAGCUCACUGACAUAUAAGCACAAGCUCACUACACACAGCUCGCUACAGAAAGCUCACUGACACAAACAGGGGCUCACUUCACACAGCUCACUAAACACAUGCUCACUAAACACAAGCUCAUUGAUCCACACACAAGCUCACUACAUGCACACAGAAGAUCACUAAAACACAAGCUCACUACAUGCACACAGAAGAUCCCUAAACACAAGCUCAUUGAUAAACACAAGCUCACUAAACACAAGCUUACUGACAUACACAAGCUCACUACAUGCACAUCGAAGAUCACUAGCACACAAGCUCACUACAUGCACACAGAAGGUCACUAGUACACAGGAUCACUAAAACACAAGCUCACUACGUGCACACAGACGAUCACUAAAACACAAGCUCACUACGUGCACACAGACGAUCACUAAAACACAAGCUCACUACUUGCACACAGACGAUCACUAAACCUAAGCUCACUACUAGCACACAGGAUCACUAAAACACACACUCACUUCAUGCACACAGGAUCACUAAAACACAAGCUCACUACAUGCACACAGAAGCUCACUAAAACACAAGCUCACUACAUGCACACAGAAACUCACUACAACACAAGCUCACUACAUGCACACAGAAGCUCACUACCACACAAGCUCAUUGAUACACAUGCACACAAGCUCACUACAAACAGGCUCACUACAUGCACACAGAAGAUCACUACAUGCACACAGAAUCACUAAAACACAAGCUCACUACAUGCACACAGAAGUUCCCUAGCACACAGAAUCCCUAAAACACAAGCUCACUACAUGCACACAGAAGCUCACUACCACACAAGCUCAUUGAUACACAUACACACGCUCACUACAUGCACACAAGCUCACUACAAACAGGCUCACUACAUGCACACAGAAUCCCUAAAACACAAGCUCACUACAUGUACACAGAAUCACUAAAAACAAGUUCACUACAUCUACACAAGGUCACUAGCACACAGGAUCACUAGAACACAAGCUCAUUACAUGCACACAAGAUCACCAAACACUAGGAGCUGGGGGCGAAGCUCGGGUAUCGCUGACCUUUGCAGCUUGUGCUGCUCUUAGGAGAAGCCCACAGGGGUCCGUAGGGGUUCAACUUUAACCCCACAGAGGGGAGGGGCUAAGUGAGAAGGAAAUUCCCCCUCCUAUUGUCUAAAACAGAGCGCUUCCUCCCAGGCACUGAAUGAGAGAGCAGGUAGGGAGAGCUUCCUGCCGGUCUCACAGCUUGCUAACCUAGCUGUCUUACAUGACACUGGGCAGAUUGAGGAGAUCAAUGGAUCUUCCCAGCUGGCCAUUGCAGCUCUGGGCCCCUGACUGCCAUGGGCCUUCCGUCCAUGGCCGAUGUGCCCGAGUGGUCGGUCCGCCCCUGGAUGCAUCAAAUCAUGUUCUCUGGACUUGUCCUGUGGUAUCUGGAACCAAGACAUUAGUUGGAGAAUCUUUAAGUCCUGCAAGUUGCGAGGUGAGGCCUCCAUGGAUUGGAUUUGCUGUUCCAGCGCAUCCCACAAAUGCUUAAUCAGAUUGAGAUCUGGCUCCUUCUUAUCAUGGCCAGCAUGAGGCUUAUCAGCUACAGUAGCUCUUCUGUGUGAUAAGACCGGAAGGGCUAGCCUUCUGUUGUGCUAAAUCAUUAAAUUCAUGAAGCACCAAUAUCCAAAAAGUAAUAAUCAAUACCUAAUAAGGUUUUGUAGUGAUAUUGGCGGGCAUACAACUCAGUUCGGAUAGAGUACAUUGAGUUAUAGGAAAGAGAAAUCACACAGAGACCAAGUUGAAUAUAAGAAUUCACACUACACUUUAUUAUCCACAAAGGGAUCUAAGCAAAGUAAGUUAUACUCUCAUUUAAGUAGUUGCAUGCAUUUACUUCAAACAGCUUAGUAUCUAGAUAUAUCAGCUUAAGUAUACAUCACCAUUAGAGAAGCUUGGUUGCCUCCUUGCCACACGUGACUGGGGGGGAACUCAUGCAGUCACUCGGAGAGACCCUCUCUUCUGAGAACAGCAGAAACCAGUAACACACGUCCGCAUUACAGGUGGGUAGUUCUCAAAGGGAGCGCAAGAUUCCCUUAGUCUUAUAUACCUGUCUUCAAGGACAGUCAGUAGUUCCUUAUCAGUGCAGCCCAGCAAAAGACCUUGAUACAAGCAGCUGGAUGGACCUGGCAGUUGGACAGACUGUUCAGGACCACCAGAACUUAUGCCAAGUCAUGUGCGUUUAAUUAUCUCUUAUCUACAAGCUUUCUUUGUACUAUUCUAGAGAUGGCAACAUAAUUUUUUUAUGGCAACAUAAGUUUCUCAAACUGCUGAAGUGCUGUCAGCUUAUAGUGCUGGGUCAGCUUAGUAAACAGCUGUAGUGCUGUGUCAGCUUUUAAUAACUGUGGCAUAAAGUCUUCAAGCCUGCAUCUAGUAAUUGUGGCCUUCAAGCCUGCAUCUAGUAAUAUGUGCUAUGUGUGCUUAUAUGCUUACUGGUGCCAUCUUAACUGUUUAUAAAUGUUUGAGUUGCUCACAAGUGAUCAAUCAAUCAUACUUAAUUAAUAUGAAAUAUUAUUAUCACACCUUCACUCCCCACAUGCAUCAGUGAUCCUGAACUAUAUAACAAAUGUUAUUCACUUCAACUGUCUGUGGGUUAAAUGUUAUGACUGUCCAGUGUAUCUAUUCUUUGAUUCAAUAUGUAUAUAUAUUUUUUUUGUUCUAGGUAACAACAUGUGGCAAGCAUUGAAGUGCAGAAGGUAUAAUGUUCGCUUUGCCCAUUUGGUGCGGUAUCAUCAUCGGGCUGUAUUAGCCAUUCGAAGAGAGGACAUCAAUGCUUGGGAACGAAGAGCUCCACUUGCACCAAAGCAUGUGAAAGAGCUUACUAAUCUUGGGUACAAAGUUUUGGUCCAACCAUCCAACAGACGAGCCAUCCAUGAAAAGGUAGACUUAUUAAAACCAUGUAUUAAUUUUGCACAUAGAAUCCCUUUUAUAUGUUACUGGCAGCUGAACUAACCUGUAGAUUAACUGCACAUCAUUAAGAAAACCAGAUGUCCAUGCAAAAGGCCAAAGUAGCUGAAAUUUAUUUUGAAAUCGCUAUGAAUUCUCACUUUAGUGGAUACCCCUGCGGUGAUGGUUAAAUCCUGUAUAAAAGAAUUGGUCAGAGUACCAUGGCAAACAGGAAAAAAAAUAAAAUUGGUAUGUAUUCAGCUGGCAGCAAGACAAUAUACAGUUGCAAGAAAAAGUAUGUGAACCCUUUGGAAUGAUAUGGAUUUCUGCACAAAUUGGUCAUAAAAUGUGAUCUGAUCAUCAUCUAAGUCACAACAAUAGACACUCACAGUCUGCUUAAACUAAUAACACACAAAGAAUGAAAUGUUGCCAUGUUUUUAUUGAACACACCAUGUAAACAUUCACAGUGCAGGUGGAAAAAGUAUGUGAACCCUUGGAUUUAAUAACUGGUUGAACCUCCUUUGGCUGCAAUAACUUCAACCAAAUGUUUCCUGUAGUUGCAGAUCAGACGUGCACAACGGUCAGGUGUAAUUCUUGACCAUUCCUCUUUACAGAACUGUUUCAGUUCAGCAAUAUUCUUGGGAUGUCUGGUGUGAUUCGCUUUCUUGAGGUCAUGCCAAAGCAUUUCAAUCGGGUUGAGGUCAGGACUCUGACUGGGCCACUUCAGAAGGCGUAUUUUCUUCUGUUUAAGCCAUUCUGUUGUUGAUUUACUUCUAUGGUUUGGGUCAUUGUCCUGUUGCAACACCCAUCUUCUGUUGAGCUUCAGCUGGUAGACAGAUGGCCUUAAGUUCUCCUGCAAAAUGUCUUGAUAAACUUGGGAAUUCAUUUUUCCUUCAAUGAUCGCAAUCCGUCCAGGCCCUGACGCAGCAAAGCAGCCCCAAACCAUGAUGCCCCCCCACCAUACUUCACAGUUGGGAUGAGGUUUGAUGUUGGUGUGCUGUGCCUUUUUUUUUCGCCACACAUAGUGUUGUGUGUUUCUUCCAAUCAACUCAACUUUGGUUUCAUCUGUCCACAGAAUAUUUUGCCAGUACUGCUGUGGAACAUCCAGGUGCUCUUGUGCAAACUGUAAACGUGCAGCAAUGUUUUGUUUGGACAGCAGUGGCUUCCUCUGUAGUAUCCUCCCAUGAAAUCUAUUCUUGUUUAGUGUUCUACGUAUUGUAGAUUUGCUAACAGGGAUGUUAGCAUUUGCCAGUGACUUUUGUAAGUCUUUAGCUGACACUCUUCUUCACCUCGUUGAGCAGUCUGCGCUGUGCUCUUGCAGUCAUCUUUACAGGACGGCCACUCCUAGGGAGAGUAGCAGCAGUGCUGAACUUUCUCCAUUUAUAGACAAUUUGUCUUACCGUGGACUGAUGAACAGCAAGGCUUUUGGAGAUACUUUUAUAACCCUUUCCAGCUUUAUGCAAGUCAACAAUUCUUAAUCGUAGGUCUUCUGAGAGCUCUUUUGUGCGAGGCAUCAUUCACAUCAGGCAAUGCUUCUUGUGAAAAGCAAACCCAGAACUGGUGUGUGUUUUUUAUAGGGCAGGGCAGCUGUAACCAACACCUCCAAUCUCAUCUCAUUGAUUGGACUCCAGUUGGCUGACAUCUCACUCCAAUUAGCUCUUGGAGAUGUCAUUAGUCUAGGGGUUCACAUACUUUUUCCACCUGCACUGUGAAUGUUUACAUGGUGUGUUCAAUAAAAACAUGGCAACAUUUCAUUCUUUGUGUGUUAUUAGUUUAAGCAGACUGUGAUUGUCUAUUGUUGUGACUUAGGUGAUGAUCAGAUCACAUUUUAUGACCAAUUUGUGCAGAAAUCCAUAUCAUUCCAAAGGGUUAUGUAGAUGAAGAGAUGAAGAGAAUAAGGCCUAAUAAUAAUAUUCAAGUGAAGGCAUUGGUUAACAACGUAGACAAGGAACAUUGUAUGUAGAAGAAACCGCUAAAGAUAAUUGUGUGAGAGACCAGAGAGUGAGUGAAUGGUAAAGCUUAUUAACGCUGUGUUAGCAAAUUGAGGACAGGAUAAUGCCGAGUUAAUCAACACAUAAAUAUUGAUAAUGGAGUUUGAAGGAAAUCUCUUUUAAGUAGGUUGACAACUUGUUUGUUGAAUUAAAGAGUUACCAACAACUUUUUAUUUUUUUACUUUAGAAUACCUUAGUGGCCAUUAUUCAUUGGGUCCCACCUUAUGAACCUGCAAAAAGAACCUAUAAACUUACCUGGAAUCCAGCGCCAGGUGAGGCUCCUCUCACUGGAUUCCACGUCCUGUCUGACAUUACUGAUGCCUUCUCUUGGUCCUAGUUCACUGGCUCAGAGUGCAUGAACAUGCGCUAAGCCAGGUGGGGGAGUGGAUUUAAAAUAAAAAUGUAAUAAAUGACACUGAAGCAAGGUCACUGCCUACAAGUGAGAAUCUCAUUAUAUAUUUUGCUAGCAUGCUGAUGUCAGACAUAAUGAUUGCACAACAUUCCCAUUAGGCAGCCCAGAAUAGAGUUAAGCUUGCCUAAGUCAAGUUUGCUGGUGGUGCAACUAGUCGCCAGUACAAAAGUGCAGAUUGCUCCUGUGUACGCAGUGUUUCCAGCUGAAACACAGAACAUACAGUUUUUUACCACCACGAAUGCUAAAAGCAGAAAUGUUCAUGGUGGUUUUAGUAACCCGUCUAUGUGUGCUUUAUUAUACUUAAGAGUGUGUCAUCAUUUUGUGUCUGUUCUUUGAAGAAUCUGACAUUCUCAAAAUCAGCUCUGUUUCAUCAUGGUCAUUUUGGCCUAGCAUUCGCAUGAACUUGCUAAUUUUAUAUAAUUUCUGAUUUAGAGAGUGGACCCCCUUAGCAUUUCUUCAAUAAUCAGAGGCAGACUUGUUCCUCCAUCAUAGCACUGAAUCUCCCACUAUGUAUACAAUUUACCAGUUGUGGCCUAAAUGUGGAUAUUGGAUUUCGGUUUCAAACAAAUUCCACUUUGUCCCAGUUUUGGCUGAUUGGUGGCUUGUCUGAACUUUGUAACUCCGAAGGGGCAAAAAAACCUAUCCUAAAAAAACCUGGUCAAUUGACAAAUAGGUUUGUUUGCUUCAUGAUUCAGUGUUUCGUUCAUGGUGCCAAAAAAGGAGAUGAUGGUUAGGUGACAGCAACUAACUCAAAGAAAGAAAUCAAAUUAAUAAUCCGUGGACUAGCCGGAAUGAAGUUUUAAAUACACGACUGAAUGCUCAAAAUUGCGAAUAUAUUGACCAUAUUUGGACUGAAUUUUGAAUGGCAAAACACCAUUCUGUUAAGUUGAAAUUCUGUGAAAGAAAAUUAGCAAAUUACUGUACUUCUAAAUAUUACUCCUAUAUAUUUUGCAGUACAGUAAUAAGCUCACUCUGCACACCUUUUUUGGUUUAUCUGAAUAGGUUUUUCCAGCUUGUUUGCAGGGACGAUAUUUGGAAGAGCUAAACCUCAACCAUGAACAAAUUUAGACAAACACUUUAAAAAAAAAGUUUUUUUUUUUUUUUUUUCCUCCUGGCCGAAUUAAGUUAGAAGAAGCAAAUUUUGUUUUGUCGAUAUUCCCCAUUAUUAUGAUUUAACACUGGAGUAAAAUAAAGUUGAAUACAGUUUUUCAUGGCAUAUUUUACACAGACCUAAUUUUUCUUUAAGGAAACUUUCGUUUUAGCCUGCGACUGUCUGCUUUUUAAUAUAGGUUAUUAGAAAUGAGUUUCACAAAGUGUAUCAAAUAUUGUCUUUAGCAUUGUGUUCUGCUUUUAACAAACUUCAUAAAAGAUGCAUUAAGUGGGUGAAGAGGCCUUAGAAAUAAAUGCUAACAUUAGUUAUAAGGUAAAUGUGGUUGAGUUUUGAACUGUUUUUUUUUGUUUGGUUUUUUUUUUUUUUAUAGCAGAAAUGUUCACCUUCGCAGGUUAUAUAAUGUAAUUUCUUCAGAACUACACAGGUAGAACUAAAUGAGCUGGAUGGAAACAUUAGUCGCUUUAUAUACCACAUUAUUUCUUCAGUGUUUUCUUUGUACUAAGGUUAAAUGUUUGAGCAUUUCUGAAUUUUCAGGAUAAUUUUUUUUCAAUACAAGUAACAUUUAGAGGGCAGUUCUUUUGAAGAAGGAAUUCAAGGCCUCUUUUGUUUGCCGGCUAUAUCUACGUUGUUUUCUAUAAACAGAGACUGUACUUUUCAGUAGGUAAAAUGGACUGAGUAGGGCACUCACAGCGAAAACCUUGCAUUUAGUUUAAUGCUUUGUCUUGUGCUUAUUGAAUGUAGGAAGACUUUAACUUGGCACUUAGCGAAACUGUUACUUUCAUAAAAGAACUGCUUUUUCUCCCAGAUGUUGAGGCAACAUCCUCCACUUCAGGCAACGUGCUUUAACCUUUAAAAGCAGUGGCACCGCACAAUCUCGGUAUUGACUGUGUCUGAGAAAUAGGAGUCUACUACCCACAUAAAUUCAUUUAACAGUCAGGAAAAGAUGGGGUAAUUUUGACUGCUUUUCUCCCACAUUAUGUGUGGCUGGAUUAUGGGCUUUAUUAUAUCGAGAAGGGAUGAACAUUUUUGAACUUUUUCCUUACCAGGGAGCAACCUUCACGUUCUUAAUCCCUGGACCUAUGUCUAAUAUUAAUAUACAGUGUCCAGACUUCUGGGAAAGGGAGAGUGAGAGAGACCUAUAUAUUUAAGGAUGGCAAAUUCCUGACCUUGUAUGGAAACCAUAGUGAGCAUGUAUAUAAUGCAAGUCUGGUGACAAAUGCUCAACCAUAAUAGGUUUCUCAGUAGAAAUAUUUUAAAAAUUAUUACUUGUUAGAAUGAUUUGGAAGUUGUUGGUAGAAUGAUGCUCUGUCAGAUACAUUCUUGCACCUUUUAGAUUCCUGUGGGGGGAGGGGUUGGGGACCAACUUCAAUGUCUGGUUUCUUAAAGGAUCCCUAACAUUUGUUUUUAGUCUGUCAUAUCUCCAAACAUUUGAUAUGAGCCAAGUUGUGUUAGCUCAGUGCGCAUGCGUGGUCAGGUUGCCCAUGGGCAGAGUACUGCAUGGCCCAGAAGAACAUGCAUCUAUGUUGAGUAACCUUAGAUAAAUUAUCAAUGUGCUGGCACUGUGCUUUUGGGGACAUUUCCAUAAUGUCGAAGAUGAUAACCUAUGAUACAGUACAGGGUUCCCAAACUAGAACAGUCUUGUUUUAGAAUCUGGGACAGUUGGGAAUGAUGGCUUUAGCUAUCACUUUCUUUAGCCUUGUGGGAAGGGGUUAAGGACUGUUUGCUUUUUUCUUUUUGAAAUUCUGUAUUAUCACAGGUAAUUUUAAGUUUGGCUGUUUAAUUUCUGCUGUUUUCUCAUGUGACUAGGAAUAUAUUAAAGCUGGUGGAAUUAUUCAAGAAGAUAUAUCUUCUGCAUGUUUAAUUGUGGGAGUUAAAAGACCUACAGAGGAGAAACUCAUCCCCAAAAAGACAUAUGCCUUCUUUUCACACACCAUUAAAGCUCAAGAGGCCAAUAUGUCCUUAUUGGAUGAAAUCCUAAAAUUGGUAAGUCAAAGUUUUUAAUUAUGCAUUAAAUGUCUAGCUACCAACUUGUUUUAUCUAUAUUUUAUUUUUUCUUUCUACAUUUUAUUAUUGUAAGUUUUUAUCAGUUACUAACAUUCUGUAAAGCUUUUUAAGGUGUCAUAUCGAUAACUCUGAGAUAGUUCUGUAAGCAGAAACCGUGUGCUAUGAGCAAAGAAUUGCUAAACAAAGAUGUAGACUUACUGAAAAUCAAAGAAUAUUGGGGUCCCUGGUUAAGGGAUACUCUAAGCACCAAAACAUUUUUAGCUUAAUGAAGUAGUUUUUGUGCGUAGAUCAUGCCCCUGCAGUCUUACAGUUCAGUUUUCUGCUAUAUAAGUAUUAAAGCAGCUUUGUCACUUUCUGGGGACUUUACGUAUGUUGGAGACCUCACAUGGUGACUACUCUGCUUCCAGUGCGGUGGCCUGGAGAUAGGGUAGUGUGUGGUAUUUUUAUUUUUUUUUAUUUUUUUUUACUUGCCUGAACUUGUCCUUCGUGUCUGUCGCCAUCGCCUUCUGCAAGGUCCUCUUGGCGAUUCACCUGUAAAGAGUUUAUGUCAAUGCUAUAUAUGAAAUGCUCAUUUUUGGGGGUGGGCGAUGCUUUUAAAUAACUGUUUCUGUUUAUGCAGCCCUAGCCACACUUACCCUGGCUGUGAAUCACACAGCUUCAAUUUAAAAAAAAAAAAAAAAAAAGUUUAAUUUUUAGUCAUAUGUGGCAGGACAGUUAUAAGCACACUAAACUGUGUGUUUACUUUAGAAGUUUUUAUCUUCUGCUCUGUUAAUUGAAUCUUAAUCACACACGAGCCUUCUGUAGGCUAUUAACAAAACAGGAGAUAAGAACUUCUAAAUUAAACAGACUGUGCAAUAAAGGAACUGUAAACAUUAGAUCUCUCUUUACAGGAAAUGUGUAGGGAGACUGUGUAGAUCAUUUGCAGGGGGUGUGUGACUAGGGCUGCAUAAACACAGGGAUUUAACUCAUAAAUAGCAGAGAAUUGAGCAGUUAGACUGCAUGAGCAUGGUCUACACACCUAUGCCACUCCCAUUAAGCAAAAGUUAUUUUAAUGCUUGUAGCAUCCCUUUUUAAACGUACAUAUUGUGGUAUGGGUCUUCUUUUGACCCUAAUAAUCUUUAUUUGGUGUCCCUUUUAAUCAUAGGGUUUCUAUAUGCUAACAGCCAAGGCCUCUUAUCCAAUAAAGCCAAUGGGGGAAACCCUGAACAUGUCAAUGCCAUUGUAGUAUUAGGAAAUCGUGUGUGCAUGUGCAGUAUUGCCAUGAUGGGUUCCAGUAACAUGCAAAAAAAAAAGCAGUGGGAAUACCGAAAAAAUGUAAAUUGGUCUCUUUUGCUUCAAUGGGGAAAUGAGUGGCAUGACUAGUAAUGAGUAUCCCGAUCUGUACACUUGCUGUAAUCUCUUUUGACAAAUGAAUGAAGUUAAGUAGGCCGGAGAAGAAAAACCUUUAUGUGACCUCUUAUGUUUAUAUAUCUUUUUUAUUUAACCUUGUCAUAUAUUUUUCUUAUUUUGUUUAGGAAAUCAGACUGAUUGAUUAUGAAAAAAUGGUGGAUCACAGAGGCUUUCGUGUUGUUGCUUUUGGACAGUGGGCUGGAGUAGCCGGUAUUUACGUUUUGAGUCUCAAUCAGCAAUAACCAAUUAUUUUUUUUUUCUUUAAUUGAUUACUUAUAAAUAACGACACUACUAACAGCAGUUGAAUUUUACCAUAUUCUGUGCAUGACAUCUCUUUCUGAGCGUAGUAAGGAGUGCUCCUACUAAAAUGUGAUGGUGGUUACUUGGCAAACAGCCAAUGGUUUUCAUGAAAAUUAGCAAUUGUCAUGGAUCCUCCUCCAAAGGAUGUGUGUUUGAUAUCCUAAUUGGAAGAGGCGUAAUUUCUCUUAAUUAAGUCUAUUUGAUGGCUUACUGUCAGAGUUGGCUAGAGGAUCCUAAGCAAAGUGAGAGGCUGUAACCUAACAAAGGCAAAGACAGAGGGAUAGUAAGAGUCAUUUACCAGAUCUUAGAGUGGCCAGACUUAAACGUAGAAUAAGAACCAGGAAAAAAUGGGACUAGACUACACAAAUCAUUCAGGCCUUAGAGGAACACAAGAAAACUGAAAAUAAACAAAACUGUGUACCAGUCCAAAAAAUACAGGCUCAUAUAGGGUCCAACAGGCCAGAGUCAUAAUUAUGACAAACAGGUUAAUCCCACAAGCCAGGUCUGACACAAAUCCAGGAGAUCACAAAUUGUCAAAGGAUACGCCUGGUCAAAACCAGGAGCUCAGUCAUAAGCACACUAAAGGCUCAGAAAGCAUGAAAGGGCCCAGAGACGCCAGAGAUCUCUGUUUAAGUAGGGAGAUUCUGCACGUGGUUGGCUCUGCUUCCUGGGAGUAAUCAGCAAGAAGGGCAGCAUCUGUGCUAACAGGUGCCCUACAGAAUAAACAAUAAUUCGAUUAAAAGUAACUGGUAUGCUUUCUGGAAUUUUCCCAGGAGUCUAGGUUUCACAUUAGCACAGAAUGCAAAACAGAGGCUCAAGUCCCACUGGAGGUAGGUUUCCAGACCCUUUUUAUAGUUAUUUUAGGUCAACAAGUUGAACUUUCCAACUUGAUUAGAUUUCAAGUAGUGAAACUCACAAAUUCAGAUUUUUGUUUUUUUGGUAAAUUUUGCUGGCAUGCGUAUGGAAGAGGCACAAAGGAGCCAGUUCAAACUGGGUUGGCAGUGUCCCUGCAGUUUAAUUAUUUUUCAUUUAUUUUGAAACUCAGGGAAGCAUGUGGAUAUUCGUUAAUUUAUUAAGUAUAAAUCAUGUGCAGACAAAGCAAAGCUGGUGUAACCUCACACAAAUAACUAAUACAAGCUCGAUCUAAAACACUCCUUUCUUUAAUUCAGGGAUGAUCAACAUGCUGCACGGUUUAGGCUUGAGGUUUCUUGCACUGGGACAUCAUACUCCAUUUAUGGUAAGUUCAAAGUACCAAACUAUAAUGUGUGUUUGUGAAGGUGUGCAAUGGAAUUCUAUAGAUACAGCAUUGCAGUAGAUUAAAUAGAACAUUCAGCAUACAUACCAGUAGAUCAUUUGUGCUUACAGUUAUGACUAUUUGUUACAACUCUGUCUUGUUCCAGCAUAUCGGGAUGUCUCACAACUACAGGAACAGCAGUCAAGCCGUGCAAGCAGUGAGAGAUGCAGGUUAUGAAAUCGCCCUUGGCUUGAUGCCCAAAUCCAUUGGGCCACUUACUUUUGUGUUCACUGGAACAGGAAAUGUUUCUAAGGUGUGUUGCGUAAAAACAUUUUUGAGCAUGCCAAUGUUUUAAUUACACAGAACAAUAGAAAGGGUUCUUGGGUGGGGGGAGGGGGAAGAAGAAGACAACUGUCAUCAAAUUUUCAUUUCUCAUUUUUCAAACGUUUACAUUUUGAAACUUCUUUUUUUUUUUUUUAAAGGUUUAUUACAUUUAAUAAAACUUUAAAGGAACACUGCACUGCCUAAAUACAAAAAUAAAUUAAUCAUUAUUAUAAUCUCAUUGGGGGUAUGUCUAAAAACAGCCUACAAAAGCUUCAGAUCUCGUCUGAAGCAUAUGUAAGCCCCCAGGGUCGGUGCAAUCAUAAGGCGGCACAGGCAGCGGGGGGCACAUUCUUCAGGUGACUGACAGUAGUGCAAAGCACUCCAACUUCUGACAGUCACGUCAUGUAACAUGGCCACCGUAGAGGAUCUUCUGUGUUACCAUCUCAGUCUGACAGGAAGUGUACACUGAGAGAAACCAAUUGCUUCUGGGUAGAUUAUACAAUAGAUCCUCUAACGUAGUCCGCAUGGCAGUGCUACCAGAAGGUAAGCAGGCAUAGGAGGGGGGAAGGGACACACAGGGGAGGGGACAAAGACACAGAGGGCUGGGGGAGAAAAGAGACACACAGAGGAGGGUUGGUGGAGAGAACGAGAUGCACCACAAUGGUGCUACAGGGAAUGAAGAGACAAAUAUUAAAAUUGGUCUGCAAAAUUAACGAAUUCUUACAAUAUUAUAGUAUAAAAAUAUAUAUAAAGAAAAUAUUCCCCAGACAAGUGGUAGAGGUUAACACCGUAAACGAGUUUAAGCAUACGUGGGAUAUGCAUAAGGCUAUCCUAACUAUAAGCUAAGGCAAGGGACUAAUGAAAGUAUUUUUAAAAAUUGAGCAUACUAGAUGUGCCGAAUGGUUCUUAUCUGCCGUCACAUUCUAUGUUUCUAUGUUUCUUCUAAAAAAAAAAAUAAAAUAAAAAAAUGAUCACUACUUAGUAGAUAAGUGCCCAAUCAGAGUGUGUUAAGUGUCUAAAACACUAAAUUGAACCAGUGAUUUUGUGGUAAAAUCUAAAUACACAAAAUAAUACUUGCAAACAUGGGAAAGUCCACAGUAAGAAGAAUCUAAAAAAAAAAUAAACAGAACACCUAGUGCAAUAUUAUCUGGACAUAAUAUAUAAAAUAAUCCAAUAAUUAAAGCUCACAAAUAUAGAGUGGUUGAAGUACCACUCGGGACUAUAAAGCUCAGGGAGGAUCAGUCACUCGUGUACGCAGGAUCCAGUGGAUACACUUUUAGCCGGACUUUUCAUUAAAACAGACUUUAUUCCAAAACCAUUUAAAAAAAAUUUAAAAUUCAAAGCAAAGAGCAGCAGUGUCCCAGGUCAGCUCACCAGCCUACAUUGUAGUGUGACAUCUGUCAGAGGUAUGUACGUAAAUAAUACUGUUCUCUUAUCUCCCUUUCGGCUUGGCUGCUUUCUCCGGUAUGAGCUUGCUCUAGACUUCCUGAUUCCGGCGCGUUUCGGCCCUCAUCCUGGGGCUUUUUCAAACGUCCAAGGAAUGGGGAAUGAAGAGACACAGAAAAGGGCCAGGGAUGGAUCCAGAACCAAAUCUCAAAUGGGGCACUGAUGCUGGGCUGUGGCAGGGUGAGAAGGGCUGUAGCGGAGACAUAGGAGGCUCUAGUGUAGGGGAUCGGAGGCUGUACACAUAUGCAAACACCCAGAGGGACAUGGAAACACAAUAAUACACAAAUACACACAGACUCAAACAUAUACCUUCACAGACAUAUACACUGAUACAAACCUAUGCCUACACAGGCACACACACAGAUACAUAACAUGUAUACCUACGCUUACACACACUGAAGUAACAAUCACUUCCUCCCAGUGCACUGUGCAACAUUAAAGGGGCCUGUCUGCCAAAUGACUGCAGCACCCUAUCGGGCCCCGAUGAGGUGGUUCCCCUAUGGGAGCUGCACUAUUUUCUCGAGGUGGGUAAUUGCCCUGUUGCGCCCCUUCUGGAUCUGCUACUGAAUAGGGAUGGAUGGAAGAGACACUUACAUGGCCUAGGGGGAGUAAUAGAUGCACAAAGGAGCUGGGGGGAGUAAGACAUACAAGGGGAUGUAAGACACAAAGGGGCAAAAAAGGACAUACACUAAAUGGGGGAAGACAUUCAAAAGGGGAUAAGAAACAUAAAAAGUGGUGAAUAUCAAGAGACACCAAUCACAGACUUCCCAAUGCAGUUAAUUGAGAAGUCUUUACAAGGCAGGUGUUCAGGGCAAUUGGUGCCUCUUGAGUUUAGCGCCACUGAACUAAACAACCAGGAAGAAACAGGAUCAGUUGUCACACAUAAAGCACUUCAGCAAGCUUAAGUGCUUCAGGCGAUCUUUAGUGUCUCUUUUUAAUGAGAGAUGAAUAUAUGUGUGUGUACACUGAUAAGCCACAACAUUAAAACCACUGGCAGGUGAAGUGGAGAACAUUGAUUAUAAUGUUACAAUGGCACCUGUCAAAUACGGGAUAUAUUGGGUAGCAAGUGAACAGCCAGUUUUUGGAGUACAUGUGUUGGAAGCGGGAAAAAUGGACAGGCAAAAAGAUGUGAGUGACUUUGACGGUGAUGGCUAGAUGACUGUCUCAGAGCAUCUCCAAGUCUUGUGGGGUCUUCUCGAUAUGCAGUGGUUAGUACCUACCAAAAGUUAUACAAUAAAAGUCAACCAGUGAACUGAUGUCAGGGUCAUAGGCACCCAAGUCUCACUGAUGCACAUAGGGAGUAAAGACUAGCCCGUCUGGUCUGAUCACUCCGAAGAGCUACGGUAGCUCACAUUGCUGAAAAACGUCAUGCUGGCCAUGAUAAAAAGAUGUCAGAACACACAGUGCAUCACAGCUUGCUGCGUAGCUGCAGACCAGUCAGAGUGCCCAUGAUGACCCAUGUCCACUGCUGAAAUCACCUUCAAUGGGGAUGAGAGAAUCAGAACUGAACCAUGGAGCAAUAGAAGAAGGUUGACUGGGGAAGAGAUGGCAGCAGGAUGCAAUAUGGGGAAAAAGGUAGAGCCGCAGAGGCAGUGUUAUGCUCUGGGCAAUGUUGGAGAUUGUUGCAGACCACCCUUCCAUACUAACUUGGUGCCAGAUACAGGACACGUUCAGAGGUCCAUGCCUUGAUAGAUUUAUUUAUUUAUUUUUUUAAAAGAUUCUAAUAACUUUUGUAUAUAAAAAAUAAUAAUAUUAAAACAAGGCCAAAGUUUGAAAACAAAAUAACCAAGUUGGAAUUUUUUUUUUUUGGGGGGUAGGGGGGAGGGGUUUGGGGGUGCUGAAAUUGCAAUGAAAGCCAUCAAAUUGACUCCAUUCAAGAAAUGGAGCCUCUUCCAAUUAUAUCAAACACAAAUCCGUGGGAGGAUCCAUGACCAAUCAGCCUGAUAUACUGAUUAGGUUUCAGAAACUUUCACUUUAUAUAAUAUUUAAAAAUAGUUGUUUCAUGAAAUGCAAUAAACUUUGUUUUUUUUUUUUUUUAAAGAAACAAGUACAAUUCUGAUGGCAGUUGUCCUUUAAGGGGGGAUUUAUCAAUGCAAAACAGUUGCUAUUCUGGGUGCAAAGUUCUAAAUGUUGAGAAAAAUGCUAUUGGUUUCCAUGGUGAUAGCUCCUGAGUUCUACUUGCUGCUCAGUUUGUAUUUUUAUCCAUAAUAGCACCUGUUGAUACUCCCCCAAAAUCUACAAUUAGGAAAGUGGGUAAAACUCUAUUGCAAUCACUGUUUAUUCAAGUUUUGAGAUAAUUGUAUUCAAGUUAUGUAACUGAUCACACAAUAAAAUCAGUUUAACUGUUCAAUGAAUUCAUAUUGUCACAUAAUUUGUUUCAUAUGUCGGAACUGAAACCAUGGACAAACAUCUGACUUGUAUUAUUUGUUUUACAAUUCUUUUUUGCUUGCCUUUCCAAAGUUGCUUUCUCUAGACGUGUUCUAGAUUACUCAAAGAUCACAUAAAAUGGGCAAUGGGUCAAUUGCAAAGAGCAGGAAAUAGAAGGGAGAAAAUAAUGUUCAAUUGAAUUGGACUGAGUGGUACUGGUCAGGAGGAAUUAAUUUUGGGGUCAUGAAGGAACAAAAGGCAUUUGUAAUUGGAUGGAGGUGUAUGAGGAGAGAGAACCAAGGGUGUCUGUGUACAAGGUUAAUUAAUGAAGACUGCUGUCAAAGUGGACCCUAGCCGUCUCCUUGGUGAAAUAGGCAGUUAAAAGGAGAUGAGUCUUGAUCGGGGGCGUAUGGGCUGCAGUAUUUGAAAUCUGGGGAUAUUGGAGGAGUGAAUACGAAGACUACAUAGGGGAGAACUGCAGUAGUGAAACUUGAUUAAGAGGAUUUUGAGGUCAUAAGUUGAGGAUAUUUUAUGGUCAAUUGGAUUUUUUUUUUUUUUUAAAAGCUGAAAUAUACAAUACAUCUCAUUGAAUAGGCAAAAACAAAUACUUAGGAGGGUGAGGAACAUUUUUAGAGAUUAAAUGGAUUUAGGUUAAUUAUAAUGAAGGGGAGUAUGUAUUAAUAAACACAAAGUGAAGAUUCAAAGAUGAAAUAGGCUUUCAGCUGGGUUUGAUAUCUGGUUCUUGGAUGUCCUAACCUAACACCUUCUGCUGAGAGGUUGGAGGUGGUGUUGGGUGUGAACGAGGAGAAAAAUAUGUGGAUGUCUUAAGGAAAGAACUAGGAUUAAAAGGGUCUGUGUAAAGCGAGAAAAUAACAGAUAAAUACAGAGCCUUAAGUUAUUCCAAAUGGAAAGAGAUGAACUAUUAUAAGAAUGAAUAGGAGUGGUUAUCAAUGUAAAUGAAAACCUCUGAGGAUAUUUUUUGAGGGUUCACCAGGAGCACAUUGUUGGUGAAAUAUAUAUUUUAUUUUAUGGGUUAUUCACUUUUCUUCUAAUAACUUUUUUUUUUUUUAGCACAUAGUUUUAAUGACCAUUCCAGCAUUUUUUUCUAACAUACUAAAUGCUGUGAAGCCAUAACAUAAAAUCCAUACUUUGAUUUCUAAAACUCUCUUUCAUGCAAAACAUACCUCUGUGUAUCGUCCAAAAUUGAAUCACUAACCAGAGGCCCAGUGCAGGAGUUAUGAUCCUCAUGAAAUAUUUUAUUUUUUUCUCAAACCUGGUCACAUAUUCUCCUUGGAAAAGUCCCUAUGUGAUGUUUACCUUUUGUGGUGCACAGUUUGUAGAAACCAAACUGGACAAGCCUCAUUGGGGGCUGGAGAAAUAGAUGGUAGAGUCAGUGCCCUUGGUUCUGUUUUGGGUACAGCUUAUCCUUCUAAUUAUGUACUAUAUCUAAUAUAAUGGGAUGCAAUAACAUGUAACAUUUCUUACUAUAUAAUUUUUGUCUCUUAGGGGGCACAGGAAAUUUUUAAUGAACUUCCCUGUGAAUUUGUGGAACCCCAUGAAUUGAGAGAAGUUUCCAAAACUGGAGGUAAUUUAAUUUCCAUCAAAUAGUUUGUGUUAAUAAAUAAUUUCAAAAUACUGACUCUAUGUCCUUCUAGAUCUCAGGAAGGUAUAUGGAACUGUGCUUAGCCGCCAUCACCAUCUUGUCCGGAAAACUGAUGGUGUAUAUGACCCCAUGGAGUAUGAAAAGAAUCCAGAGCUGUACACUUCUCGCUUUAAUACUGAUGUAAGGAUUUCAUUUCUAGGUUUUGAAUACUCAAUGUGUUAAGUUGCAGGGAUUGUAGCCUUAUUAGUCCAAUGAUGCAGAUGUAAAAGAACAAAUUAAAUAGUAUCUUGUAAUACCCUUUUUAAUUUUUUUAUUUUUUUUUUAUUUUUAUUGGACUAACAGAAAUUUGGAAUUACAAGCUUUUGGGAGAGCCUCCCUUUUACAAGACAAGACAUUCUUUAGAAAGGAUUGAAUGUUUGUUGUUCCAAAAUUAUGUUAGUCCAGUACAAGAUACUAAUUUUAAUCCAUUAUUUUACAUAUAUAAUAUGUAUGUCUCAUGCCUCUGCCACCCUUGUUGCCAUUUUACUAGUGCAAGUCCUGGAAGGAAUGUGACCAUAUCAAUGAGAAGUUCUAAGUUUUUCUGCCCCUGUGUUUGCUAAACAUUUUGCUAAAUCCAUCAUGCUGUGAUGCAUGACGAGCAGGAAGUCAAAUUUGCCCUGUAUGCCAUGAUGUUUGUGGCCACAGUAAGCCAUUAAAGAAUCAAGACCGUAUCCGAUUUACGUACAUUAGUAGAAUGACUUUGGCACCUCUGAUUUUUGGAAACAACCUGUACAUUCACCCGUUAAGGUUUGCUAAGACUCUUUGAAUAUAUCAUUCAAAAAGUGUGGGGAUCCAAACAUAGUUAUCACAUCAGUUUGCAUUUCAAUUUAUAUGCUCCAAAUUUAACAAAUGAGGUUAAUGUGCUGCCUGCUCACCAUUUGCAUGUGUUUUCUUUUUUAUAUAAUAAAGAUUGCUCCUUACACAACGUGUCUAAUUAAUGGUAUUUACUGGGACCCACAUACUCCCCGCUUGCUUAAUAGACAAGAUGCUCAGAGGUUGCUGGCUCCAGUCAAAUCCACUUCAGUUGCCACAGCAGGCUGUCCACAACUCCCUCAUAAGUAAGUAUGUUCCCUAAUUCCCUUUCACAAUAUUAUUUAAAGAACUCAAAGAGCAUGUAGAGGGGCAGUGACUGGCAAAGUGAGGUGGAGAAACCUUAUCUUGGUCUCCAGGAGACCCCACAAGUUUCCUUAUCUUUUUUUCUUUGUAUUUCAUAUAUUUUUGUUGUGCUUCCUAGUCAUUGUAGUGGCUGUGUGUACAUAAUUGCUAUUAGAAAGCAGUAUGGUUGAUCAUUAAAGCAUCAUGUGAGCAGCUUCAAUUGUGUCCAGAGACGUAACCUUGUUUCCAUCAGCAGGUGACCAUCCACCAUCCCCUUCUCUCAUUUCACAAUUCUGAACCAGGAUAAGUGUAGGAUAAGGUCAUGAUAGUCUACAAGAGCAGAAUGUGUUUGUGUGUUUAUAUUUGGUAUGUAAAGCUUGGAGAUAAAAAUAUAUAUAUAUCUCCAAAUAUUCAUAAAGGAGUGCACUCACAGGACUGUAAAUCGAUCUUUUCGACCCCUGAGGGUCUUGGUCAAGACCCUCAGGGGUCGAAACGUUGGUCGAUUUACAGAUGUUAUUGUUCUUUACCUUUUGGAUUAAAAACACCAUUUAAGAAAAAUAAAAACAAUGUUCAAGUCCUGUGAGUGCACCCUUUAUGAAUAUUUGGAGAUAUGUGAACGUGGGUAGCACCUAGGCUAUAUUUACAAAAUUUAAUUUUUUUUUGUCAGGAGAGUACUAAGCUGAUUUAUUUGUUAUAUACCUCCAAGCUUUAUAUAUAUAUAUAUAUUUUUUUUUGCAGUAUUCACAAUCUUUAUUUGCAGGCUUCUAGCCAUCGGUGACAUUUCUGCGGACACUGGAGGAUCCAUAGAAUUUAUGACGGAAUGCACCAGUAUUGAUACACCGUUUUGUAUGUAUGAUGCAGAUCAGCAUAUCAUUCAUGACAGGUGGGAAACCUAGACUAUAUUUUCUGUUUAGAAUUUUGCUGCAAAUUGGUUUAUUAACAUUUUAAUGUUUUAUUGAUUUCUUUUUCUUUUUCACUCCAGUGUUGAAGGUUGCGGCAUCCUCAUGUGCUCUAUUGAUAACUUACCAGCCCAACUCCCAAUAGAGGCUACAGAGUAUUUUGGAGACAUGCUAUUUCCUUAUAUUGAAGAAAUGGUAGGAAUCUAAUACAGUCUGAGAUUCUCUAAAUGAUUACAGUUUAGUUUCUUUCAGAAUUUUCAUGCUGCAGGUCAAAGUAAUAGCCAGUAAAUGCCGUGGGAAUUAGAUGGAGGGAUAUUUUCUGACCGUAUUCCCCCUUCCAAAUAAUAUCCAACUGUCUAAGCUGUGCUGUGGGGAAGGGUAUUCCCAUAUUCAAAUUUUGGGAGGUUUUGUAGUAUUUCUUAAAAUGCAGAACAAGAAUAAUAAGGUUGGUUGGGAACUUUUUAAAGUCUGAUCCCUUUUAUGGUUAUAUGGUUAGCGACAGAGGGUUGGGGGAAGACAAAGGCUUCUGAAAUCAUGGAUCACUUUUUAUUGCAUUUUUUUUUUUUUUUAAAGUGAUAGUGUCACUUGACCGCCAAUUUUUGGAGUUGUAGAUUCACAGAACAGCCAUUCAGCAGAGGUGGCAUAGGCUGGUCAAUCAAAUAACGCUUGGGUUGAUGGCUGUACUGGGGAGAAAGCAAAAAAAAAAAUGGUCCUUGAAAACCAAUGAACACCAUCAUUAUCCUGGCUGCAGGGCCGCCAUCAGGGGGUGACAACCGUGACUGUUGUCACGGGCCCGGACUGCUCUGGCAGUCCUGGGCCCCACUUUCUUUCUCUGCACACAUAGAUAGUGAAUAUCGCUAUCUAUGUGCGCGGGCCCCGGCUCCCUGUUACCGCAGAGGGGGCCCAGCACACAGCUUCUCCUCCUCUCUUCUUUCUUCUAAAAUUUUUUGCGAGACCCGGUUACCAUGGCAACGCUCCGCGGGUCUCGCAAGAGUUAUUAGAAGAAAGAGAGGAGGAGAAGCUGUGUGCUGGGCCCCCUCUGCGGUAACAGGGAGCCAGGGAGCCCCCCAUGCCACCGGACCACCAGGGAUCAUGGAAUCUCCCCCUCCCUGGACACAGGUAAGAAACAGGGAGGGGGGAGAAACAUUUAAUUAAAUUAAUAAAAAAAUAAUGUUAAAAUGCCCCUUCCCCCUCCCCCCCAGAUUGCACAUUUAUACACUAACACAACACACACACACACUGCAUACACUAACACAACACACACACCGUAUACACUAACACAACACACACACACACCGCAUACACUAACACAACACACACUGCAUACACUAACAGAACAUACACUAACACAACACAUACACUGCAUACACUAAUACAACAUACACUCACUGCAUCCACUAUACUGACACAUACUCUGCAUUCACUAUACUGACACAUACUCUGCAUUCACUACACACUAACACACUCUCUGCAUUCACUACACUAACACACACUCUGCCUUCACUACAGAUUUACACACACUCUGCAUUCACUGCACUAACACACACACAGCAUCUACUUCACAAACAUCCUGUAUUCACAGGACACACACUACAUCCUCCACACAUUGAAACACUCUGCAUUUACUAUACAGACACUGCGUCUAAUACACGCACAACAUCCACUACAGACACUGCAUCCACUAAACACAUUUCAUCUAGUACAUACAAACACUACAUCCACUACACAAACACACACUAUAUCACUGUACACACACUAUAUCCACUACUCAAACACACUCUGCGUUCAAUAUACACACUGCAUCUGCUACACAAACACACACUCUGCAUUCACUGUACAAACAGUAUCUAAUACAUUACACUAACAUACACUCUGCAUUCACUGUACAAACAGUAUCUAAUACACUACACUAACAUACACUCUGCAUUCACUGUACAAACAGUAUCUAAUAUACUACACUAACAUACACUCUGCAUUAACUGUACACACAGCAUCUACUUCACAAACAUCCUGUAUUCACAGGACAAACACUACAUUAAUUACACACAUUCUAAUUCACUAUACACACCACAUUCAGUCCAGCAUCAUUGUCAGCGGACCAGGUACGGCGUGGGCAGGCCCAGGAGGGGGGUCAAUUUCAGAUUUAGUGAAUCUAUUAAAAGACUUGACCAGCCAAGAAGAAUGUGUUCUCUUUCUUCCAAUAUAAAUACUGUAUUAGUCUCUCAAUCACAUCACAAUAUUUUUAAAAGUUUGAAAUAACGAUCUCAUUUUUAUCAAUGCAGCUGAAGUCUGACGUGUCCAGACCCAUUGAUCAGGAAAACUUUUCUCCUGUUGUGCGAAAUGUAAGUUCUCCUAUAUAUGCAUCUUAAUGAGUAUUGCAUAAAAUAUUAAAUUACAUUUUGUCUAUAAAAAUGGUGAUCUAUGUAUUGUGCUAUUGCAGGCAGUGAUUACAUCCAAUGGUUCGCUCACCAAGAAAUACAAGUAUAUCCAGACGUUGAGAGAGAGCAGGUACACAAAUAAUGCAUUUGCUAUUUACUAUUCAUUUAUAAUCCUAAUAUACCUGAUUGUAACUAUCACAUAGCUAACUUGAAGAUUCCAUGUUUUACAUAAAAGGAUUCAGUUUGGUUAGAACAAAAUUUUGUCUGAUUCAGUGCUUUUCUGACUUUCUGAUCAGAAAUGUAUCCAAAUUCAGAAAUUUAUCUGAAACUGAGGAGUAGUUCGAAUGGUGAGCCGUUUCGGUUGAUUUAAGUUAGUUUUGCCAAUAGCCACUUCACUUGGGCAUUUGAAUUACAUGCAGUUUGUUUGUUCGUAGGAAACACGAACGAAUGAAUUGCAAUAUGGACGACGAAAUGGCAAGCAUCGUAGUGAAUGUACAUGAAAAAUCAGUAAUACCCUUCAAUAAUUUGUCCAAUUAUAAGGAGGGAGCUACCGGCUCUGCUUCCUGCCGCUUCCUUCUCCCAACUGGUAAAUCAAUUCUACAUACUUAUUUCAGGACACACAUAUCCUGAACAAAGUGUGACAUGAAACAUUAUGGGGUGAAUCAACAUGACCCCCAUAUAAUUAUAAGGGAGGUAAACCUCCCUCAUGUCCCUACUUGCCAUGUUGCAAGGUAGAGGCACGUUAGGUAUAUGGUGAACAGUCAGUGGCUGUCUUGCUGUCAUAAAAGACUAGUCCCUGGGCAGCUAUUGUUGUCCAGUCACUAAUGCAAUAAAGGAGGGAUCUGACAGCCCACCCAGCCCCCGACGUGGAGCUACAAAUAAAUAUUAAAGUGAGGGGAACGUAGAGUCCAUGGCCAGCGGUUGGGGGCUGUUAAAUAAGGUGAAAGGAAGGACCUAUUGUUGUGCCCUGGGGGGGAUUCCAAUUCUAAUAAUGGGGUCCCAAUUAUGAUAAUGGGAGGACCUUGUAAACCAAUCAAUCAGAGAUCUCUGACUGAUAUUGCAUAGCAUGGGAAAGCCCUUAUAAGGCUUUCGACAUCCUGCAAGCUCAUCUGCACAGUUUUAUUGUGAUUUUUGGUCUUAGUUUUUUUUUUUUUUUUAUAUUUUUAAUAAUUAGAACCCAAACCCACUGUUAAUUGGUGGGGGCAUGAAGGGGAAUACUAUGUCCCCCAUUCACUUUUUUUUAAUAGCCCCCACCUGCUGUCCAUGGAUGGGGCAUGAGGGGGAACAGUAUGUUGCCCCCCCCCCUUUAUUAGUUAUUUGUAGCUCCACCUUAGGGGCUUGGGGACCUGUGUCAGGUCCCCAUUUUUUGUAUUGGUGACUGGGCAGCAAUAGAUGUCCAGUCGCUAGUCUUUUAUGACCGCGAGCAACUGCUCACUGUUUAGCAGAUAUGUCCUUACCAGUGGCAUGAGUUAAGUCGUAAACCUUUCUUAUUAUCAAGCAGAGUCAAAUUGAAACCUAACAAGUUUUAUUUGCUAAUUUAACCCUUAAGGGACUAGGGGAAGAAAUUUGUGGGAUCUCUGUUCCCUGCCACUUCUAUUUUUCACCCCUCAUUCAACGGAAGUGAGUGAGAGGUUAAAAAUGAAAUUGUUUUGGGGCGGGGCCUGUUGACAGGGCGGCCGGGCCGCCUGGAAUGAAGGGCCCGGUCGCUGCUGCGACCGCUGGUAGUUCCGCCAGUUGGUAUAGGUUAACACAGUGAGGGAGUUUAAGCAUGCGUGGGAUAGGGAUAAGGCCAGGAAUUAAUAAAAGUAUUAGAAAAUUGUGCAGACUAGAUGGGCCGAAUGGUUCUUCUCUGCCGUCACAUUCUAUGUUUCAUGUUUACAUGUCUGGUAGCCACUGCCAAGUUUGAGCCACUAAUUUUAUACUUUCAGGAUAGUGUUUUUAUUUUUUGUUUGUUAAAGGGACCCUGUAGGCACCUUUUUUGCUUCGUUAAAGGGCUUCCCAGGCAAUAUUUGGAUCACAAAAUAUUUUUGUGCUGAUCAGCUUUCUAAAAGCAUUCUUUGUGUUUUCUUUUAAUUUUAGUACACAAAGCCUUGCUGUGCUUCGUUAUGUAAUUGGAAUAUUUUAUUAUAUGCAGAGAACAUGCCCAGCUGAUGACACUUGGGUCAAAGAAGAAGAUACUGGUUCUUGGAUCUGGUUACGUUUCUGAGCCCGUCAUAAAUUACCUCACAAGAGAUCCCAACGUUGAGAUUACGGCAGGUAUUCCAACUUGUUUAAAAUUGUAUUUUUUACAACUUAUUUACAAAUUCAGUAAAGAUUUUUGUAAUACUUAUUGUUCACCUAAAAUCACAAAUAACCCUCCUUCCCCCCCAGAAAAAAAGUAGACUUGAAUGCCUCCAAUAAAUGCUUGGCACAGUGUUAAUUCAGCAGGUUAGCUAAAACAUCUAAUGUAACAUAUUACAACAUCCGAACCCCCCCUGCUAUGACUGACAGCUGUCAUUAUAAAUGUGUCUACUAGGCAAUGUGGAGCACAUGACAUCAGGUGUGGGACGAGUGCAAAUUUAUGAUUCCAUAUACAUUAUGUGUGUACCACAGCACUUACAGCUGGGACACGAUAUGAUAUGACAUGAUAUAUUAAACAAAUUUUUAAAUGUAUCUUUCAUAUAACAUUCUACACCACCACUUUUUUCUUUUAUACCCAGGUCCAGAUUUAAAUCAUGAGCGCUUGUAUUCACAGAAUUCUGCACCGAUCACUAUGUUCAGUCUGAGGGGACGUGGCCAUGCACAGAUCACUAUGUUCAGUCUCAGGAGACAUGGCCAUGCACAGAUCACUAUGUUCAGUCUGAGGGGACGUGGCCAUGCACAAAUCGCUAUAUUCAGUCUGAGGAGACAUGGCCAUGCACAGAUCGCUAUGUUCAGUCUGAGGGGGUUGGGGCCAUGCACAGAAUCUAUCGAUCCCAGAGUCCAGGAGCACCCAUAGGCAGCUUCCUUCUCUGCCUAAUGGAAGAGGGAUACAAACCCUGAUUGUAUCCCUCUUUGUACCCGUGCUUAAGUUAUGCUGUGCCACUUGUACAAAGAAUGAACCUUAUUGGGACAACUCUGCAUGAGUACUCUGCUUGAACACUGCACACACAUCCUUUGUAGGUGGAAGGCAAGCAGCAUGUAGCAAGCUCCCAAAACCUCUUUUUAUACAUCAUACCCAUCGCUACAUCUGUUCUGUUGUAAUUUUUGUGUGAUAAUGUUCAAGGGCUUCUUCUCUUGAAUAUUAUAAUAAUGUGUAUAUUAUAAAGUAUAAUGAGUGGGACAUUUCAUUUUUUCUUUUAAAAUAAUUGUGAGCAUGUAACACAAAUUUGUCUUGUGAGGCAAAAUGUGUCUACUUUUGUUGUUUCAUUGAUUGCCUGAAAACAAAACAAUUUUCCCGUUCAGCUUCAAUGGUCAAGGAUCAGGUGGAUCACCUAUCUAAGAAAUAUAAUAACACAACUCCUGUGGCCCUGGAUGUGUCCAAGAAUGAAGAGAAACUGUCAGAUCUAGUGAAGAAACAUGACCUUGUGAUCAGGUUUGUACUAAUUUUUACAGCAAGAACAUUUUUAGUAAAAAAUUUUACAAAAAUUUUUAUUCUGUUUUUAGAAAUGUCAAACAACUUCAAAACAAUUCUUUUAUUAAAACAACCCUCAUAGAUUAUAUAAAGAUACAGAGUAAUCAAUGUGGUGAGGGAGAGCUUCUUGAGAUGUAGACUUUAGGUGGGGACUUUGUAUUUAUGUAGAGCAGAAGAUGUUCUUGUGGGUGGAGAGGGUGAAUUUCUAGCUAAGCUUGGAAGCAGAAUUUCUGGUCAACUGACCAGGUAGUGUUGGAGUCUGUCUCAGAGAGUCUUGGUAUAAAACCAUCAUUUUCAGAUGUGUCUACAAAAGUGACAUGUGGACGUCAUUAUGCUUUCAUGUGCACCAACAUUUUCAUCUUGACGAUUUCUGUAUAUCUGCCUGAUAGCCCACAACAUGGCCAAAUUAAAGCUUUAAUGAAGUGCAACCUCUGCAUUUAUGUUGUGGAUCAUAUAACUCUACAUCCAUGGUCCAAACCUGUUGAGCUAAGCAUUUCACAUAAAUCAUGCACAGCGUUUUCUCUUACACACAAUUUCUACUUAUGUCCUUAUAUUCUGUUUUUCUUUUUUUUGUGGUGUGAUUUGCUAACCAUCAAGUCUAUUGUUCCUUUUCAGCCUUCUACCAUACUUGGCUCAUCCCCUUGUGGCAAAGGAAUGUAUAAAGAACAAAGUUAAUCUAGUGACGGCAAGUUAUCUAACACCUUCAAUGAAAGAACUCCAGCAAAGGUAAAACAAAAAACAAGAUUGCCUGUUUUGUAAUCAUUUGUUUCCUAAAGUAAUAAUCUAGAUUAUUUCUAAACUUCUCAGGGCUAAUUGUCACCUAAAGGUUUCCUAUAUUUUAUUUUCCUGUUGCACUCAAUCUCAGUAGGUAAGUAGUAAAGAAGCUCUGCUGUAAAAAUGCCCAAACUUGCUAAUUUCAUUAUUAUGUUUUUAAAUCUAGGCUAGUGAGCUUGCUUCUCAUUGUGUUGUCUACCUGUUACACAAUUUCCAGCUUUUUAGCCACCUUUUGUAGGGUUAUUUGUCAAACCUGGGAGUGUACCUGUCCAUCCUGUCACAGCUUUGCUCACAUUACAUGGACAUGUCCUGCAGAUAUGGCUUUUUCCUUGAUGACCUUUAAUUUUUCACAACUGUGCAUACACAGUGCAUGUUUUCUAGCAAGUGAAAAGUGCUGGAUAGCCGGCAGGUGGUAUGUCACAUUGCCAGCGUUAAAUGAUAACAACCUAACACAUUAUAUGAGUCUAUAUAGAAAUUAUAUAUCACAGUGGACCUUGCAACAUUUUUCUGAAUUAAGUUCUUUGUCUAUUCAAGGUUUGACAAAGACCAUAACUGGUCAAAAUGUAGUCAUGUCCAAUGUGGAUGGUGAAAUAAAUUUAAUGUCUAUAUAUACUAGUUUGUUCUGCCUUCUUUAUUACUUUCUGAGGUUUUGGGCCAGGAUAUGACUCUUAUUGCUGGCCCAUGCCUACACUAUGUGAAAACGGUCAUGUACCGCUCCCAUAUUGGACUUUACAUUGUAAGGGUUGUUCCAACCAAUCAGGAGUCUUAUUCAGUCUUAUCUCUUAUCAAGAGAUAUGAUUUCCAAAGUCAUAUCUCCUUGACCAACAGCGUGUCAGUUACCAAACCUUUCUCUAAAACAGCAGGUGUUGGCUAAAUAACACGCAUGUGUAUAUUUUACAGAUUAUUGGAUUGAUUGUGAAUGUUUGUUCGUUUAUUUAUUUUAAAAAAAACUUUUGUUAUGUAUUACAGUGCAGAAGAUGCUGGAAUUACUAUAGUUGGUGAAAUGGGCUUGGAUCCAGGUCUUGAUCACAUGUUGGCCAUGGAAUGCUUUGACAAGGCUAAGGAUGUUGGGGCAAAGGUAAAAUAUAUAAUUUGUGUUCUAUCUAUGAAAUUUUGUUGUGACCUGUUCUCACUUUGCUAUUGUAUCUACUACAAAAUUUAUUUUACAUUUCAAUAAUGUUUUUGUUGCUUGCCGUAGGUGGAAUCCUAUAGAUCGUUUUGUGGAGGUCUACCUGCACCUGAAUAUUCAGACAAUCCUUUGAGGUAUAAGUUCAGCUGGAGCCCAUUGGGUGUUUUGUUAAAUACCAUUCAACCUGCAACAUACCUGAAGGAUGGAGAGGUAAUUUGGGGAACCUGUAAAGAAAUUAGAAAGUGCAACAUGUAUAUGUGACCAGAUAAUGUUUAUUGAUGGAUUUUGUAACAAGCAAACAUUGUGACCCCGUUCCAACUUCUGUCAUUGCCUACAUUCAUGCUCAAAACAAGAAAAUACAGUAGAAGGUUCUUCUAAAAUGAUACUGUAUAACAGAAAAGAUCCUAUCUAUUAUACUCUGCAAUUAGGAGAAAAAUAAGUGAUGGAAGAAUUUGCGUCUUCAACAAGGGCGUAAUUAUUUUCUAGUCUUAAUGAAAGGUUUCUAAAUUGUAUCAAUCAUGAUUAACAGAGUGUAUCACUGAGUAAUAUAUUGUUAUAUCCAGUGUACGUAUUGUCCUGUGUGACCCUGUUGGUUUCAUUAUUUCACUGUGUCACAGUACCUACCCAGUUGAUGUACUGCUCUGGCAUUCAUGCCUCACAAGCAUCGAUCUAGAAACCGCACCUUCCAGUUCUCUUUUCCUUUAUCAAUCGGUAAAACAAAUUCUAUUGAGUUUUCUGACAGGGAGAGGGACACUGUAUGAUUGGAGCACCCCUCUACUUAUACUAAUGUUAUGCCUAGCAUCAUUUUGGGUUCCAGGAGGCCAUCAUUGUGACCCCGUUCCAGCAGUUUUUGGUGUCUCAUCUCAGUCCAUCUCAGUGUUUAAAUAAAGUUUUCAGUCUUUGCCCUGUUGUGGUUCUCUUUUGGUUCCCCGUAUAGUGCGUUAUAUAUUCUCUGAUUUUUCUGGUUAUUUGAUUUUGGGUUGUUUAUUGACCUUCCUCUGUAAUCCUGACCUGGCUAAUUCUAUCAUAUUCCCGUAUUUCUCAAAUCUUGAUCUCAGCUAAGGUCCAUUGAGACAUCAUUUCUGUCUUCCAAUUUCUGGCCAAUACUUGUAAGUUGGGUAGUGUAGCCAUGACAUUAUGACAGGGCCCUGGACUCUGCAGGUGUAGGUCAAUAGAUGAGGUAUAUGGACCAAUUCGAUCAGGCUUUACAGAACGUGUUAACACGUACGACUAUUUGUCUCCUGAGAGUCAAGUGCCUUCUCAGAUGGGGAUCUAGAAGUGUAGAUAUAAUUUAUAUUCCUCACAUUAAAUUAUGAGGUAGAUUUUACCAACAGUGCUUUAUUAAGGUUGCUGCCAGGAAGCUCCCAGAAGACCUUGAUGAUCUUAUGGGGGCUAUAUGAGGCAUAAGGAUAAUAAGCAUGGUAGACCUAAACAUCUGAUAGCGAUAGUCUCUCAAACACUUGAGGUGGGUUUGUGAGGUAACGUGCAAAAAGUACCUCUUGGCCACGGUUAAAUAUGGUGGUGUUUUGAGGCUGUUGAUUUUUUUUUUUGCCAGAGAACCUGGACAUUUUGUUAGAUAGAGCCAUGAUGCCAUGUAUCCUAUCAAAUAACAACAGAUAUUAAAUUAACACAUGACUGCCUCUGCCAGAAAGCUUAAAAUGGGUCAUGAUUGUAUCUUCCAGCAGUACAAUGAUCCAAAAAUUACAUCAACAUCAACACAAAAAUGGUUUACUGACCACAAAAUCAAGCUCCUGCCAUGGCCAUCCCAGUCCCCUGACUUGAACCCCAUAGAAAAUCUGUGGGGUGAACUGAAGAGGAGAGACCACUAGCGUCAACCUUAUAAUUUGAAAGAUCUUGAGAGAUUUUGUAUGUCUCAAGUCCCUUCCAUGUGUUCCCAACCUCAUCUGGAAUUAGAGGAAAAGACUCAGAGGCAACGGGAGGUAGCACAAAGUAAUGACUAAAAGGAGUGCCAAACAAUUAUUUUGGAUUAACUUUGUUGUGUUUGCUCUCAUGGAUAUCAAACAAUUGCAUAACAUUUUUGUAUAAUUUUUUCAGACUUAUCUCACCCAUAAGGGCAGUCCAGAUCCGAAAUGCUGACAAGUUUUUUUGGGUUUUUUUCUGCAAUGUAUUUUGAGACCUGAGCAGGGACUAGCAAAAUGGGAUUACUACUGUGGUUACGCUAAACAUCUUCCUGAUCUCACUCUUUUUGCCUGAAAACACAAUGUGUUUGUUUACUAGAGACACCGCAUGGAGCUUACUGCACUAUGUACCUGUAUAUUAAUAUUUGGUAUUGAGCUGUGUUUAAAGUAACUCUUUUAUCUCACUAAAGAUAAUUACGACUCCAAAAAAUAUUGGCUAUAUGUGUAGUUUUCAUCUGGAAAAAGUUUAAAAAAAAAAAAAAAAAAAACAUCAGUAAGUGGCCAUGGCCAUGUCACUCUCAAAAGAAUAUUGUGCUAAAUUGAUGAGACAAAAUGCAUUCACAUUGUGCUAUUAUGUUCUAACCUCUACAACAUUUGUAUAUCUUACUAAAACAAAGCACAGUAAGUCUAAAUUAAAUUCUCAGCAGAGAUCACUUGAAAUGUGGCUUAGUGUUUAUAAAAUGUCAUUACAUUGGUUGUAUAUGACUAAAAAUAUUUGGUAAAUAAAUGAGAAAUUGUAAGGACUUUUUCACCCCCCUCACACCAGUGGUUCUUACAUUUCUUUUUUUUUUCUUUUCUUUAUAUGUAUAAAAUGAUACCUUUGUUAUUGGACUAACAUAAUAUAUCAAAGACAAGCUUUCGAGAGUUUUUCCGCUCUUCUUCAGGUCUGCAGAAGAGUGUGUGUGUGUAGAGAUUGUAGCAGUAUUGAUCCAGUGAUGUAGAAGUAAAAAAUAGAUACAAUUCUUAUCUUGUAAAACCUUUUUUAUUGGACUAACACGCGCGUGUGUUUGUGUGUAUAUGUGUGUAUAUAUAACCUUCAAUAAAGUGUGUGUGUGUGUGUGUGUAUGUAUAUACAUGCGUGUAUAUAUAAUUACUUUUUGUUUGUUUAUAGCAUUGUAAAAAUAUUUGUUGUGCACAUUUGCCGAGGGCCUUGUAAACAUGUUUUUGUUCCUCAUGAAAAUAGCAUAGGUAUUACAUGUUGUGUCCUGACCCAGGGGUUAUAGCACACCUUCCUAAAUGAGGAAGAUCAUUUAUUGGCUGCCUGAUUUAUGUUUAAAUUGCACACUUUCAGGUUAGUGAGGCUUCCAUUUGAGUUUGUUGUAAUAGAUAUUACAUUGUAUGCUCCUCAUGAACAAUUUUCUUCUGUAUUGUCAAAGGAACAGUCUUGGUGCAUGUUGAAGUAUAGAGCCACAAGCUACACAGUGCAGGGUGAAGAAUAAAGUAUAUUUAAUUAUAGUCCAGGAGACAAAACAAAGUUAUGAUGUUUCAGAUGUAAGGGGUAUUUAUAUGUGUACUCCACUCUGAGUGUUCAUACAUGAUUGAGGCCUCACGAUACAUGAUUGAGGCCUAUUUUGUCUCCUGGACCAUAAGUAGAUAUGCACGGUGUAGCCUGUGUCUCUAUACUUCUGGAUUUAUAUUGGGGCUAGCGGACCUCCCCAACAGAGCUCCGGUGUAUUAAGAUACUAGUGUGCAACACCCUACUACCCAGUCUUGGUACAUGUGGGAUAUUUCAAGGAUAUCUGCAAUUAGUUUGUGUGGUUUCAGUUUUUUUCUUUUUCAUGUCAUUUUUUGUAAUUGGGGAGGAAAGGGAAUUCACAAAAACAUCACCUUGGUUAAACUUAUUUCCAAAAAGAAAAGUGACACCAUGGGAGGUAAAGAUUUUGGUCUAUACUCAGAAAAGUCUGUUUAUUUUGUGCUGAUGUUAGACAUUUCAUUUAAAAAAAGCCAGUGCGUUUUUUUUUUAAAAUGUAGCAUGUUGCCCAUUAGUUUUCCGUUUUCUGGAAGAAGGUGUGGACACUAGCCUCUCAGAUUCUACAAAAACACAUUGACCCCAAUCCAUGUUGUUUUUUUUCCUUUCUAAACCUAUUGACGGUUGGAUAGGAGCUGAGACCACCCUACUCCUCAACAUUGCAUUAGUGGCCCGUAGGGCCUUAGCUCAGUCUUGGCUCAGUCUACCCCACCUAUGACCUUAGUGAUCAAUAAACUUAAAGAUAACUAUUUAAUGAAAAAUUAACGGCGCACAUACAAGGAACUAUGAAAAUAUUUGAACGGGUUUGGGAAAUGUGGGAGACCUCCUCAGGUACGGUGUAGCACAGUGGAAGGUUUGGGACGAGUGAUGGAGUAUGGGACCUGUCGUGCCCCGCCACUUCCCCACCAAAGCUGUGUUCCAUCCCCAGUAAUGCCUUGUGGUUGCGGUCACCCCCGCCCUCACUUCUUCCCCUACCCGCCUUUCCGACACACCCCACCUCCACCGACCCGGAAUUCUUCUCAUCCUGUCACUUUAAUUGGUUCUUUUAUGUAAUUUUUCUUUUCUCCAAUCCUACUGGUUUUCUAUACAAUUCUUCCCAUCUAUCAUGGGACCUUUCAGAUACAUUUCUUGCUUUCAUAUAACUUCAUACUGGAUAACGCAUCCAAAGAAAAAUGAGUAAAAAACCUCAUGGGACGGAUCCAAAAUAAACAUAGUCGAUACAAUUAGCCCUGUUGACUAUUUUUUGCAUAAUACUUCUCUUCAGAGGCUGGCCUGACAGUACCGACAGUUACUACUCUUUACAACCUUUCCAUUGUAUAAACGCAUAUACUUGUAAGACUUUUAAUGUCUGUUGCCAAAUACUCACCGAGUCCUGAAGUGCAUAGUAUACUCAUCGCAAAUAUGCUCUACCUUUAUAAAGAUUGUAUCCCAAUACAACUACAUGUACAACUGCCAAAUUUCCAUGUUACUGAAAAAUGUAAUGUCAUGUUUUGACGACUCAACCACAGGUGGCAAAAAUAAAAGAAUAAAAAAAAAAAUUGCAGAGGAAAUUUAAUCUACAGCCAGAGAGUAGGAAAAUCACAUAGUGCCUUCUACAAGAAUUUAGUUUUACCUAAUACAUGAAAUUUAAAAAAAAUACAAUAAAUGAAAAUGUUAGUCACUGUGUAAGCCUAAAUUAGAUACAACCUAAAAUCUAUAUUCGGGGAAAUGUUUUUCUGAUUCUUUUUACAAUGCUUAUUUGAGCUUUUGCUGACCCUACAGAAGUUCUUUAUAUGUUUACCUUCUGUGUUUUUAUUCCCUGUAUUUCCUUCAUUUAUAGGUUGUGAACAUUGCAGCAGGUGGUUCCUUGCUUGAAUCAGUUACCGUCAUGGACUGCUUCCCAGGACUGAAUUUGGAAGGCUUCCCAAACCGGGACAGUACAAAAUAUGCCGAGCCCUAUGGGAUCCAAUCAGCACACACUUUAAUGAGAGGAACUUUGAGAUAUAAGGUAAAUAAUCUGGCCACAAAGGCUUCAAUUUAAUUAUAUUGGAUAAAGCCCCAAUGUUAACCAUUUUUCAGUUAGAAAUACUUUUCAAAUAAUCUAUCCAUAAAACGUCCCAUAGACUGUAAUGGUUACUUCUGUGGGCAAAUCAUUUGAAAAGUUCUAGUAAUAUAUUGUGAUCACUGGAAAAGCUUAUCCAAAAUAAUAAAAUUUAGGCCAAAAAUGGGGGUGGAGGGGAGAAUUAGUUUUUAUUAAAUUUGCUGGUUUUAUACAGUUUAUCAAUUUUUGUUCUUAUUUAUUUAUUUUGUUUUGGAUAAAUUUAAAUUGCUGUAAAGUUAGGAUGUUUGUGUCUCUUCUGUUUUAAUAUAUGGUUAGAAAGUGUUUGUUUGACAUUGUUGUAUCUAGUUUGGAUAUCGGAUCUCCAUGACCAAUUACAUUUAUUAUUACAGGGUUUUGCUAAAGCAAUGAGUGGAUUUGUGAAAUUGGGAUUAAUUAAUGCAGAUCCCUGCCCAUUACUGGCGAUUGAUGCCCCAGCGAUAUCCUGGGUAAGUAAAGCAUCCAUUUUUUUUAUGUUGUCUUAUAUUUUUUGAGUAGGUGAUGUAUGUAUAAUUUUUUUAUAUAUUACAUUUUGGUAGGUACCUUAAGACUGAUCAAAAUAACACAAAAAAGAACUGUAUUAAAUAUGGACAAAAAUAGACAAAGAAUAUAAAACCUAUAAAAAAAUGCUUUUAUUUGCAAUGUUGUUAUCUUUAACCCACCAGAACAACUGCAGGUGAGACAGCUAAUCUUUGUCUUGGAGCCAUGUGACCUAAGUUGACACCGUAAUAUAAUAUAAAAUAAAAGAAAUCACAGGGCUCACUUGUGUAACCCAAUAUAUUUUUUGAAGGACAAUCUAACAAAUAUUUUGGGAGAUGCACAUCCUUUCUCAAUGUACAUUUCUCCACUGUGUUCCAUUUUUUCCUAAACAAGAUGAAAGCGUGCAAUGAGUAAUAAUCUGUUUAUGUAAAAAUGAAAAAUUCCAUUACUGUCUUUCUUUUCAUUAUAAAUCCACAGAAAGAGCUCCUGUGCCAUAUCCUGAACGUUCCUGUUUCCACCAGUGUUGACCAUCUGAAAGAAAUAGUUUUCCGUAAACUAGAAAAGGAUGAAAAUAACUUGGAAACCGUUCAGUGGUAAAAAACAAACAUACCGUUACUAGAAUAUCAUAUAAAAGAUACAUUGUCAUCUCACACCUACCCAUCUCUCUCUGUCUGUCCGUAACUGAGGACUGAGAAGGGAAUAAACCAUUUUUAAGCUAUGUGAUAGCAGAGGUGGUACAUCUACAAUUUAGAGGAUUUUAUAGUCUAUUUUGUUUCUUACAGUUUUCACGUUUUUUUUCUCACGGUUAUAUUUUUAUGCUUCAAUAAUCAGGUUUUCUAUUUGUUUUUUUUUUUUCUCUUUAGGUUUGGACUGCUAAGUGACGAGCCAGUGCCGGUAGCAGAUUCUGUUGUUGCUGCUCUUGCUAAGCACAUGGAAAUCCUACUUUCAUUUGGUAAGAAUAGUAUUUAUCCUAGAUAAAGGGGGCAUGCAUUUCUCAGUAGUGGUGCCGCCAGAAAGACCAAAAUAUAUAUAAAAUACAGAUUAAAUUACAGUGCACACAAAAUAAAUACUGUUUUACAUUUUACAAGACUACAUAAAAUCACAUAUCUUAGCAAACAAAUCUGGGAAUUCAGUUACACCAUAUGGCCAUAAUGUAUUGGGCCCACCACUACUGCACAAGUGCGCUGUAACUUAAUCUGUAUUUAUCCUAGAUGCUUGUAUACUUUGUAGCUUUUACCCCCUCUAAAUGUAAUCCGAUAACUUUAUUAACCAUAGAGAAGGCUCUGUUUUCUUUUUAAAGCACACCUAUUUAAAUAGUUUAAGCAGUACUCUGUUAUUUACUCAGCUGAAACUGACCAGGGAAUUACAAAUCCCAGGGAAAUAUAUCUACAAUUUAUAAUUGGUGAGUUCCAGACAAUAUCCAUUAACCCCUUAAGGAUCGCGGACGUACUGGGUACGUCCGACAAAAAAACAGUCCUUAAGGACUGCGGAUGUACCUAGUACGUCCGCAGCAAAAAUGAGCGAUGGAAGUGAUCGCUUCCAGCUGCUCUAAGGGUAUUGCAGCAAUGCCUCAAUGUUGAGGCAUCCUGCAAUAACUCUGUUGAGGCAUCCUGCAAUACCUCUCCUGACUUUCCCAGGAGCAAUCACUUCCAGGUUGCCCCAGGUGGCUCCCGGCAGUGUAGCACAGCAUCGGAAACUAUCGAGCAGGCUUCCGAUGCUCUGCCUGUUUGCUGAGUGUCUUGAGCACUCAGUUAAGACUUAAAUAAAAUCAAUAAAAAAAAAAAAAUGAAAAAAAUAAAUGUAUUAAUCUCCACUCCCCAGCCUUUUGGCUUCCAAUAUGGCGCUGCCUUUCUAAAGGCAGUGCAUCAUGGGGCUUCUGGGGGUGUACCUAGCCUGCCUCAUUAUAGAGGCAUGGGCUAUGGUCAUCCUAUCAGAGCUUGCCCAUAUAAUAUUUAUUAUUACUAUGAUCCCAAUUUGUCUGGUCAGGUCAAUAUUCGUAAAUAUUGACUCUGAUCAGUGUGGAUCUCCUUCCCUCUCUUCACUUGUGUUCUAGUGAGAGAGAGAGAGAUCUGUGCUUAGCUAGAGAGAUUUAGGUAGUUUUAGGUAGGUAUUUGUAAAAUUGUGAGAGCCAUUAACCCAAAAGCUGUUUUCAGAGCCAUUAACCCCUAUCUUGCCAGUUAUCACUAUAAAUCACUGGCUCUUGCACACAGCGGAUACGUUUUUGUGAAUUUUUUUUUUUUUUUUGUGACAGAUCACUAAAUAAAGUAGCAAAUAUGGGACUGUAUUUCUAAUCUAAUAUGUUUGUAAUGCAAUACUACCUAGUUAGCUCUUUACUACAAUGGCUUUCAAAAUAUUGAGUAUUCUUCUCGCAGCUGAAAAUAAUCAAAUCUUCUCUAAAGUAAUAGUGUUCAGUACUUUUCCCCUGCCUUUGCCACAUGUGUUUAUCCUACACACUCUCUAAUUUUAAAGUCUGUUUGACAAUGGCUAUAUUUAGCAAAGAUACCAUUUUACCUAAACUUCUAACUUGUCUUUUAUUUAUUUUAAUGUUAAAAACCAGGACCAGGAGAAAGAGACAUGAUCGUUAUGAGAAAUGAUGUUGGCAUUAGACAUCCCUCAGGACACCUGGAAAACAAAAAUAUCAGCUUAGUAGUGUAUGGGGAUGUCAAUGGGUACUCUGCUAUGGCAAAAACCGUGGGCUACCCUGCAGCCAUCGCUGCUAAGAUGGUCUUAGAUGGUAAGUGACGGGGGUGUGUGUGUGUGUGUAUGUGUGUGUGUGUGUUUUUUUUUAAAUUAAAUAUUUCCAUCUCGAGCUUCACACACACAUUUUGGUUGUAGAAAUGACACAUGGUCAGCCCUCUAUGAGAGUACUGUUUGAAUCCAUACACAUAUUAGAUUGUUGUCCCAUUAGAUAAUUCAUCGAUUGAUUUUUUUUUUUUUAUGUUUUAUAAAUCCAUUUGUGCAACAACUCUUAUGUAGGAUUGGGGUAGGAUUGUACUAUGAAUAAUGUGUAAGGCAAAAGCUAGAUAAUAAUUUUUAUCAUCCUCCUCCCACAAUUUAUUUUUGAUUUACAUCUAAGGGGCAAAAAUCAUCAAUGUAAAUGGUGGGUAUCUGUGCAUAGAUGCAAUGUGAAUUUAUUAAAUAAAAUAAAAAAUGUUUGGAAACUGGGCUGUUGUUUUUGUGGCAUCAGCAGUUAGAAAUUCAGGAUCCAAAUAAUGUAAUGGAGUCAUUUCCACUGAGUCUGUAAUGGGGUCUAGUAAGCCCCAAAACCUUAGCUGAGUUAGCAUCUUAAACCAGAACAUGGUAUUCAUUCUUUGAUUUCAGUUUCACCUUGUUUGCAUUGAGUUGUCAAGACAGAGAGAAUAUUGCACACAUCAAUUAUCCUCAAAGUACUUCCAGCAUGCUGUUCCAAACAGGGUGGACUAGCGUCCCAUAUAGAAAUAGUGGUAAAGGAAUGGUCUGGGCACGCUUGGUGGUUUCCAUAAAUGUCAUUUUUUUUUAUUUUAUUUGGAAUGCAGAAUAGAAAAAACAACAACAUUUCAGCUCACCUGAGCCUUUGUCAAGACGUAGUAUUUUAUUCUGCACUCAAAAUAAAGAAUGCACAUUAAAGAAACCACCAGAUGUGCAUAGACCAUUCCUUUAUCACAUGUUUGUAUUUAGUUGUGUCUCCACAGACUUUAACAGUUGAGCUCCUUAAAAUGAUAAUGUCACACAAUGCACACAGAAUAGCACCUCUUUCACUUGCAAAGGACUAAAUGUUAAGAAAUCCUACAUUUUCAGCAUUUUUAAACAGAAUAGCACCUGUUGUACCUUAUUAAAUCUCCCGCAUUGUAUUAAUAUAUGUAUGCCUCCUAGUCUCAGGAACAGUCUCAAGUUACAAUGGGACAGAAUCAUUCUCUAUAGAAAACUUACAUACUUACAUAUCCAUCUAUAAUAGAACUUAUUUUAUCUAUUGUCCUCUUGGAAUGUUAACAAUUGUUUUUGACUUUUCAUUUGAGCACUCUCAAGUUAACAAAACUUCAACUUGAUAACAGAUUAUUGUGAGCUCCAAAAAACAUCAAAUGAACUUUAUUUAAUUUUCUUCUCUCUCUUUCAGGUGAAAUUGACACCAAAGGUCUUGUAAUUCCAUUGACCAAGAACAUUUAUGGACCUAUAUUGGAGCGUGUUUUAGAAGAAGGAAUUAUCUAUAACUCAAAGAGUACAUUUUCAAUUUAAUUGAUUGUACCAUGGACACAACCCAGUUUUGCUGCUUUAUCAGUUAUUUCAUUUUACCAUGUUUAGUUAAUUUUUUGUUACCCCAAGUACAUAAGGAUAUGUUUUGAUAAGGUAUCAAGUCUAGAGAGAAGUCAUUAGAUAUUUCCAGCGUGAAGGGAAAUUGUAUGUCAAGGUAUGAAGGCUACUUUCACCAGGAAUUGUAGACUGUCGACAAGGGAGUAAUAAAGUUCAGGGCAAAAUAUCUGAAUUGUCUCUAACACGGUUAAUUUUACAGUUACGUUCUUUUUGUUAAAAUUUGAGAUUCCCUUGUCAAUUGCCAGAUUAGCAGUAAGGGUAUUUAAGCCGUCCUUUAAGUACAUGCCCAAUUCAUGAAAUUGGCAGUGGGUGGUAACCGUAUCUUAAAAAGGUAUCCACGAAAGGGAAAUAAUUCAAAGUGACUUUCCAGUUAUACGUCAAAGAAGGUGAACUUGAAGAACAGCUGACUUGGAGCAGUUUUCCAGUGUGGCUAUUUUGGCCUUCGGUUGGAAAUUGACAUUGAAGUCUCACUUUAGUAAAUAAAUAACCCUGUUAGAGUUUAAAUAAUCUUUUCCUUGGUUUACAUUUCAAAUGAAGUAAACCGUUCCCACGUUCAUUGCUUUGUCUAUACUGAACUGUGCUCUAGAUUAUGAGCUUUUUAUUCAGAUAACUUUUUGUCGUACUUGGAAUGUGCAAGAUGAAAUCAUUCUUCUGCAGGGGUUUUUCUUACAGUGGUUACCCACACAAUUAAGCUUUGUCCUGACAGGAUUAACAUAUUCAGAAACUUGUGCAAAUAAUUAUCAUUGAAUAAAAUUUGAUUCCUGGCAAUCCUUGAGUUAUUCGAUUCUGAAUAUUCGUUCAUUUCGUUCAGUUUCUAAUUGAAAUGAAUUUUUUUAGGAAAUGAAAGAAUGUUCGCCAGGAAUUCUAUUUGGGCAAUUAAUGAAUAAUUAAAGCCCAGUACUGUUUGUCAGGGAGUACCGUAUAUACUCGAGUAUAAGUCGACCCGAAUAUAAGUCGAGACCCCUAAUUUUAUCCCAAAAAACUGGGAAAACUUAUUGACUCGAGUAUAAGACUAGGGUGGGAAAUGCAGCAGCUACUGGUAAAUUUCUAAAUAAAAUUAGAUCCCCCAAAAAUUAUAUUAAUUGAAUAUUUAUUUACUGUGUGUAUAUAAUGAAUGCAGUGUGUGUAUGAAUGCAGUUUGUGUGUGUAUGAGUGCAGUGUGUAUGUGUAUGUGAUGCAAAGCCUUGGUGGGGGGGUGGGCAUUUUUUUUUAAUAUUAUUAUUUUAAUAUAUAUUUUUUUAUAUUAUUAAUAUUUUUAUGUCAUUUUGUAUUAUUUAAAUAUUUGUUAUUUUUUUUCAUCCCCCCCUCCCUGCUUAAUACCUGGCCAGGUUGGGGGGCUCUCAUUCCCUGGUGGUCCAGUGGUGUGCCAGGAGGGGGCUGGCAGAGAGCUGUAACUUACCUUUCCUGCAGCUCCUGUCAGCUCCCUUCUCUCUCCUCCGGUCCGGUCAGCUCCCCUGUCAGCUCCACUGCGUGGCAACGCUCUGACCCCGCGGCUCUCGCGAGACUUACAGUGGGAGAUGACAGGACCGGAGGAGAGAGAAGGGAGGUGACAGGAGCUGCAGGAAAGGUAAGUUACAGGUCUCUGCCAACCCCCAAAGUAAGUUGCCAUAAUACAGACAUUGACUCGAGUAUAAGACGAGUGGGGGUUUUUCAGCACAAAAAAUGUGCCGAAAAACUCGUCUUAUACUCGGGUAUAUACGGUACUUAAUUAAUAAAUAUUUUCCAUGUAAUCAUCAAAUACAUAAAUGUGUUUUAAAGUUGGUAAAUGCACACUAAUUAAAUUGUGCUUCAGUGUACAUGCUUUGAGUACAGAAUCAUUUUUGUAAGAUCGCAUUAGUAAAUAUUCUUCUUGCAAAGAAUUGGGCUAAUUUUUUUUUUUACAAAAAUGUAAGUUUAAUGGAAGUUGGUUCUCUUUUUUGUCCUUCACUUUUGGGGGCAUUUCAUGGACUACAGUGCUG